UUAUAUUAGUCGUCGCCGCGUUCGAACGGGGAUCGAUAUACGUGGAGUACGCUCGCGGUAAAAUCCUCUUCCGCGGCCGCUAAUACGAUGCCUACCUAACCAACAAGUACCGUCAGUAGGCCGGAAAGAGUCGUAAAAAUCGAUUAUCGAUCUUCCAGAGUGUAUAAUAUUAUAAUAUAGUUUGUUUCGUAGUGUCUUAUACUAUCCAGUAUAGAAGUUUGCAGCUGCACACUUCUACUAUACCAAUUAAACACUCAUACACUCGUGUUAUGUCUGUCGUUAUGACUUCGGUUGUUGAAAUCGCGAGCAAACUCAUCUGACAGGAGGCGUUGACGAUUGCCGCUACGACACGUGCACUAAAUAAUAAUGCACCAUAAUAUUUUAAUAUAGUGGUAUAUAUAUAUGCUAUAUCAUACUGCGGGUUGUGUGUGAUAACUGAAAAUAUACUACUGUUGUAGCUUUAGUAGAACAUUUCGAACCCGGUGCACUGCGUAGUUAUGACCCCGAACGACAUGGACCAGAGUCAACAGCAGGCCAACCAGGGUAACACUCAAGAUUACAACGGUUACGCGUUUGGUCAACCGAGUUCUCAAUUCCAACCUAGACAACCGGCCGUUCAAAGCACCAACAAAAUCGUGAUCAGCAACGUGCCCAGCAGCGUUCGAUUCGAACAGUUGGAUCAGAUAUUGUUGCAGUUUGGUCAGGUCAAAGACAUCGAGAAGCUCAGUCAACGCGAUGGACCUACGCAGGUCAUACAGAUUACAUUUGAAUCCACCGAACAAGCACACAAUGCAUUAGCCAAUUUGCCAGGUUUAGAGCUUGAGGGUUGCCAGGUAAAAGUCGAACCAGCCAUGGAAAGGAGAAAUCGUAGUGCGAUAAGACAAAGAACGUAUGGUGCUCCUGGCGCUACUCCUACUAUUGGUAAUAGACAAACAGAGUUUCCGUUGCGUAUACUAGUGCACAGUGAUAUGGUUGGUGCAAUUAUUGGUCGAGGUGGUUCUACAAUCAGACAAAUAACACAACAGACAAGAGCCAGAGUUGAUGUUCAUAGAAAAGACAAUGUUGGCUCUUUGGAAAAAGCUAUAACAAUCUAUGGUAACCCUGAAAAUUGCACUAAUGCAUGUCGAAAAAUUUUGGAGGUCAUGCAACAAGAAGCAACCAACACUAAUAAAAGUGAUGUGAUACUGAAGAUCUUAGCUCAUAAUAAUCUGAUUGGUAGAAUAAUUGGAAAGGAGGGUAAUACGAUCAAGAGAAUUAUGUCUGAGACUGAAACAAAAAUUACUGUAUCUAGCAUAAAUGACAUCAACAGCUUCAACUACGAAAGGAUAAUUACUGUCAAAGGCUCAAUAGAGAAUAUGUCUAAAGCAGAGGCUCAAAUUAGUGCAAAGCUCAGACAGAGUUUUGAAAAUGAUCUACAAUCGAUGGCUCCUCAAACUGUUAUGUUCCCUGGACUUCAUCCAAUGGCAAUGAUGUCAGCAACAGGUAUAACUUAUCCAGGCCGCGGUGGUCCAACUAAUUAUCAACAAUUUGCACCAGCACCAUAUCCUCCCAUGUAUCCAUCCACCAUUCCGCCAAUUAAUCCAGCUCUGGCUGCAGAUGUACAAGAAACAGCAUUUUUGUUUAUUCCAAACAGUGCUGUUGGUGCUAUAAUUGGUACUAAGGGUUCUAAUAUCCGUAAUAUGAUAAGAUUUAGUGGCGCAUCAGUCAAAGUUGCAUCCACAGAAAAUGAAAAACAAGGAGUAAUAGGUAAUGCAGGUGACGCAAACAGUGCACAACAAGCUAGCCGAAAAGUGACAAUUGUUGGUACUGCUGAUUCCCAAUGGAAGGCUCAAGGAAUGAUAUUCGACAAGUUACGAGAUGAAGGUUUUGUUCCAAACAAUGAAGAAGUUAGAUUGACAGUAGAAAUAAUGGUGCCUAGUAGUCAAGUUGGUCGCAUAAUUGGUCGAGGUGGAUCUAAUGUUAGAGAAUUGCAACGAGUAACUGGAUCUAUAAUUAAACUACCUACACAAGGAUCAACUGAUGGCACUGAAGAUACUACCACAGUACACAUUAUUGGUCAUUUUUUGGCUACACAAUCGGCUCAAAGAAGAAUCCGAUCGAUGGUUGCAUCUGGAGCAAAUCCAGUGCCACGUCCACAACAACGCAACAGCAGACCCACAGAAACACCACAACAGUGAGUUGAUGACAGUUACCAUUAGUUCCUGGCAAAUAUAUCUCCUCCACCGACGUUAAAGAUUUCUACAUUACAAAUAAUGAUAUUUGCAUGAUAUAUUAUUGUUGUCGGUUUAUUUGCUACUGAAACUAAUGGCUGUCUUCCUCACACCAAAUCAAGAGCUACUGUUGACCUUAUAGGUCAAAGGAGGGGAUGUGACUGAUUGCGUGACCAAGAGUACAAAUGAUUGUUAUGGUACAGAUUGAGACGGUUUUUGUCUCUAUCUACCUUUAACAAUCGGCUCUUUUUAUACAUGAUUAAAGUUAGGGAUUUUUUUUUUAAUUAAAAAAGAGAGGGAGACAAAAUUUUGAAAAAAAAAAUACCUUU